CGGACCACCCGCGCUUGCCACAUCGGAAUUUCUCCUGCUUUUCUCCUCAAAAAUUUUCAUCUGCUUUUCCAUUUUCUUCUUCCCAUUUCCCAUCUUGCUUGCAGUGGGAAGCUCAGCGGGUCAUUGCUCAAACGUAAGAAUGAUUGGCCGCGGAGAGUAAAUGCUCCCAUUAUUGCAGAGGAAGCCAUUCUGAUAAGAACCCACCUGCGGCCUUUCAUCUCUCUUCCACCCCACCCCACCCAACAACCCUACGAUUUCCCCAUCCCCUCUGUUGUUCUCGAGCUCCUCUUUCUUAGAUUUUUCUAACCAGUGGGAUUCGAGAUACGGUGCUUAAUGGGUUCUGAUUCUUUCCCUUUUCUGGGUUCUGCUGCCCGCUAGGCAGUGUUCAAAGGGGUCGAUUCUUUUCUUGUUCUCUUCCUGCUUCUCUCGUUCUCGGAGAUUUCGAGGUGCGAGUUCUUUCCGCUCCGAAGAUGGGUUUCUUGAGUACAGUUCUGGGGUUCUGUGGGUUUGGAGUGGGGACUUCCAUCGGGCUUUUGAUCGGGUACUACAUGUUCAUAUACUUCCAGCCUACUGACGUCAAGGACCCGGAAGUACGCCCUCUGGUCGAGCAAGAUACGAAGUCUCUGCAACGUUUGAUGCCGGAGAUACCCCUGUGGGUGAAAAAUCCAGAUUAUGAUCGGGUCGAUUGGCUUAAUAGGUUUGUGGGAACCAUGUGGCCCUACCUUGAUGUGGCCAUUUGCAAGACUGUGAAGACUAUCGCGAAGCCCAUCAUUGCAGAGCAAAUACCUAAAUAUAAGAUCGACUCUGUAGAAUUUGAAACUCUUACACUGGGCACCUUGCCGCCCACUUUUCAUGGGAUGAAAGUUUAUCUUACUGAUGAGAAGGAGUUGAUAAUGGAGCUGGCGAUGAAAUGGGCAGGGAACCCUAACAUCACUAUUGUUGCCAAAGCUUUUGGACUGAAAGCCACUGUUCAGGUAGUUGAUUUACAAGUGUUUGCUUGUCCUCGUAUCACUUUGAAGCCUCUUGUCCCGACAUUUCCUUGCUUCGCCAAUAUAUUUGUCUCUCUUAUGGAGAAGCCGCACAUAGAUUUUGGGUUAAAGUUGCUUGGUGCAGAUGCUAUGUCCAUUCCUGGCCUUUAUAGGUUUGUACAGGAGCUUAUCAAAGAUCAAAUUGCAAAUAUGUAUCUGUGGCCCAAGUACCUACAAGUACCCAUCCUGGAUCCUUCUAAGGCUGCCAAAAAACCUGUUGGUAUUCUCAGUGUAAAGGUCUUGAGAGCCAUGAAGCUCAAGAGGAAAGACUUAUUGGGAAAAUCUGACCCUUACGUUAAGCUAAAGCUUACUGAAGACAAGUUAUCUGUUAAGAAGACCACUGUGAAGCACAGUAACCUGAACCCUGAGUGGAAUGAGGAGUUCAAUUUGGUUGUCAAAGACCCUGAAUCUCAGGCUUUAGAGUUUAUUGUCUAUGACUGGGAACAGGUUGGUAAACAUGAGAAGAUGGGCAUGAAUGUCAUUCCAUUGAAGGAGCUCACACCCGAAGAGCCAAAGGAGAUGACCGUGCCUCUUCUUAAGAACAUGGACCCAAAUGAUACUCAGAAUGAGAAGCAUCGUGGGGAGCUUGUGGUGGAUGUUGUGUAUAAACCUUUCAAGGAAGAUGAGAUUCCUAAGGAUGUUGAAGAUCAGAAUGCAGUCGAGAAGGCUCCUGAAGGAACUCCCACUGGUGGAGGAUUGCUUGUAGUUAUCGUGCAUGAAGCUCAGGAUGUGGAAGGGAAGCACCACACAAACCCUCAUGUUCGUAUACUCUUCAGAGGAGAGGAGAGAAAGACUAAGACGGUGAAGAAGAACAGAGACCCGAGAUGGGAAGAGGAUUUCCAGUUUAUGUUGGAGGAGCCACCGGCUAAUGACCGAAUCCACGUGGAAGUUGUCAGCACCUCCUCAAGGCUCGGUCUGCUGCACCCCAAGGAAACGCUGGGUUAUGUUGAUAUCUACUUGUCCGAUGUGGUGAGCAACAAGAGAAUCAAUGCCAAGUACAACCUUAUCGAUUCUAAGAACGGGCAGAUUCAGAUCGAGCUUCAGUGGAGAACUGCGUCCUAGUCUUCUUAUCAAGCCGGUAGUACGUUGCCUCUGUCGAUAAAAAAAAAAACGAUGAACAGUUCCAAGAUUCUGUAUUCUACUCUCAGAAAUUUCCCGAUUUCUGUAAAUCUUGUUCAGAGUGAGGGAUCUUUUUCUGCUUUCUUAGUUGAGGCUUAGCCAUAGACAUGAAAUUUGCUUGUUGAUACACUAUGUUUGAUCUGUAUUUGGAGCAUUUGCUUCAUUUCUGCCACUUACCUUGGUUGAAGUUCAA